CUUUGUGAGAUAAUCUUAUACAACAUAAAUGUGUAAUCAUUAAAAUGAGGAGCGCGAGAGUUGGUAAUGUAAAUUACUGAGACAUGCUCUUGCACGAGGCCUUUUAGAAGUUCUAGAACCUUUAUUCAGCUGAUAUCGAAGAACACACAUCCAUCGCUCUCUCUUACCACAAUCAGGAGGAAGGAGAGAAAAGGAACUUCUAAAAGUGCGCUAACGAUGGCGCCACAUGAUGAUCAACCUCAAGUAAAUGAUGACUCCAUAGCUUCGGAAUCUCAUGGAAAACCUAUUUCAAACAUUGUCAUCUUCAUCGCUAUGCAUACAGAAGCCCUAGCUUUGGUCAAUCGGUUUCAGCUUAUAGAGGAUCAUGAUUCUUUGUUCCCUGAAGGGGUCCCUUGGGUGAGGUAUCAUGGUAUGUACAAAGAUUUGCAUAUUAAUAUUGUGCAACCAGGAAAAGAUCCCGCAUUAGGUGUUGAUGGUGUUGGCACAGUAUCUGCAUCUCUUGUCACUUAUGCAGCAAUUCAAAGUUUGAAGCCAGACCUCAUCAUAAAUGCAGGAACUGCUGGUGGCUUUAAGGCAAAAGGAGCUGCCAUUGGAGAUGUCUUCCUUACAUCAGAGGUUGCUUUUCACGACAGAAGAAUACCUAUACCUGUUUUUGAUUUAUAUGGGGUUGGUAAGCGUCAGGCCUUCUCAACGCCUAACAUCUUGAAGGAGCUAAAUUUGAAGAUUGGAAGAUUGUCAACGGGUGAUUCUUUAGACAUGUCCGCACAGGAUGAAGCUUCAAUCACCGCCAAUGAUGCAACAAUCAAAGAUAUGGAGGGUGCUGCUGUUGCAUAUGUGGCUGAACUCCUAAAAGUACCAGUUAUUUUUCUGAAAGCCGUGACAGAUAUUGUCGAUGGUGAGAAGCCCACUGCUGAGGAGUUCUUGCAAAAUUUAGCUGCUGUCACCGCUGCCCUGGACGAGGCCGUUGCUAAAGUUGUUGAUUUCAUCAACGGCAAAUGCCUGACCAAACUCUAAGCUUCCCUGUCCCUAUGCUCGAAUAUUCCUUGACAAUCAUGCGGAUUGUCCUCUAUUGAGAUACUGCAACUCAAAGGUGCAGUAAUUUUUAACUCUGAUUUUUCGGGCUUUUGCAAGCUCUCUUAAGUUUGUAUUUAUAAUUGACUUUUCACCACAGUUAGAUAAAUCAAAUAUUGUUUUCUAGAUUAAUUUUGCACUGAAGAAAUUUAAGGUGCAUUAACUGAUUGGCUUUCGUUACAGCUAAAUAAUUAAAUACGAUGUUUUGCGUGAUCUUUGAAAAAUCACCAUAA